GUCAUAUUGCGUGAUGAUUGCUAUGAGGUCACCGCUGUGGAGCAGGCACGCCGUGCGCGCUCGAUGGCUCUGGCAGCGACUCGCGUCCCUGCGUGUCGGCGAGCGGAGGAGCCCGAACCUGUGUCCGGAACAGCGAGGUCCAAACCCACUUCACAGAACCAGCCCGGCCGGGCCCUUCGCGGCGGACACCUCCGCGGGUUUCCGCUCGGGUUGAGCUGUCUGGGGAAAAGCCAAAAAUAAACCGGCGGCCUGGAGCUGUGAAGCCGCAGCUGCUCAGUCCCCGGACUCGAGUUAACCUCCAGAGCCGAGGCUCGGUCCCAGACCUGCUGAGCCCGUUUGCCACUUGCAAGCUGUAUAUAGAUAUAUAUUUUAAAUCCCAAACCAGGCAUCUACACGGGUCAUUUUGCAGGGGUGCGGUAGCGCUGUUUGUACAAUCACUGGGGGUACUGUUCUGGGGCGGUUUGAUUGUCUGUUUUGAUUGAGAAUUGGCCCGUGUAAUCCGCCGAGGGUCGGACAGUGCUUUCCCGUUUUUGCGAAGGCAGGCUGGGGUCCUGCUCUCAUCGGGAGGCGCUGGGGAGGAUGCUCCGUGCUGAAGCCGGAGCUGCAGACACGACCCGGAGCUGAGCAGUGAAAUCGGUAUGGCCUCCCAGUUGCAGGUGUUCUCCCCUCCAUCCGUGUCAUCGAGUGCCUUCUGCCGCGUGAAGAAGCUGAAAGUGGAGAGCUGUGCCUGGGAUGUGACGGGACAGGCAGGGGAGAGCAAGUACUACCAGCCCAGCAGCAGCCAGGCCAGCCACUCCUCCUCUACUGCCAGCCAAGCCGCCAGCUUCAACCCAGCUGCCUACGGCACGGCCGGCCUGCUCCUGCCCCCUGCCGGCGGCUCCCGGACCCACAUCGUGGUGCGAGCGGCGGACAGCACCGGCAGCCUGCCAGGUCCGAUGAGCCGCCGCGCCUCCGACCUGGCCCUCCUGGACCCCUACCAGAAGUAUGGGCUGAAGCGCAAGAGCGAGGAGGUGGACAGCAGCGGCAGCGUGCAGAUCCUGGAGGAGCGGCCGGCCCCCAUGCAGCCCAAUAGGACAGGGAUGGGCGCGGUGACCACCACCCAGACAAUCACCCAUUCCACCUCCACCACCAAGAGCAGCAGCUCCAAUAGCGAGGGAGACUACCAGCUGGUGCAGCACGAGAUCCUGUGCUCCGUGACCAACAGCUACGAGGUGCUCGAGUUCCUGGGCAGGGGAACGUUUGGGCAGGUGGCCAAGUGCUGGAAGAGAGGAACCAAUGAGAUUGUGGCCAUUAAGAUCCUGAAGAACCACCCUUCCUAUGCACGGCAGGGCCAGAUAGAGGUGAGCAUCCUGAGCCGUCUGAGCUCUGAGAACGCUGAUGAGUUCAACUUCGUGCGCUCCUACGAGUGCUUCCAGCACAAGAACCACACGUGCCUGGUGUUCGAGAUGCUGGAGCAGAACCUGUACGACUUCCUGAAGCAGAGCAAGUUCAGCCCGCUGCCGCUGCAGUCCAUCCGGCCCAUCCUGCAGCAGGUGGGCACGGCCCUGAUGAAGCUCAAGAGCCUGGGGCUGAUCCACGCCGACCUCAAGCCGGAGAACAUCAUGCUGGUGGACCCUCAGAGACAGCCCUACCGGGUCAAGGUCAUUGACUUCGGCUCGGCCAGCCACGUCUCCAAGGCAGUCUGCUCCACCUACCUGCAGUCCCGCUACUACCGAGCGCCGGAGAUUAUUCUGGGGCUCCCUUUCUGUGAGGCAAUUGACAUGUGGUCGCUGGGCUGUGUCAUCGCAGAGCUGUUCUUGGGGUGGCCCCUGUACCCUGGUGCUUCAGAGUACGACCAGAUUCGCUAUAUCUCACAAACUCAGGGGCUGCCGGCAGAGUAUCUGCUCAGCGCAGGGACCAAAACCAGCCGCUUCUUCAACAGAGACACCGGCUCGAGCUACCCGCUCUGGAGACUGAAGACUCCAGCUGAGCACGAAGGGGAGAUGGGUAUCAAGUCGAAGGAAGCGCGGAAGUACAUUUUCAAUUGUCUGGAUGAUAUGGUGCAGGUGAACAUGCCCACUGAUUUAGAAGGCACUGAUAUGUUGGCCGAGAAGGCAGACCGGAGGGAGUUCAUUGAUUUGCUGAAGAAGAUGCUGACGAUAGACGCUGAUAAAAGGAUCACGCCCCUGAAGACCCUGAACCACCCCUUCGUCAUCAUGACUCACCUGCUCGACUUCCCCCACAGCUCCCAUGUCAAGUCGUGCUUUCAGAACAUGGAGAUCUGCAAGUGGCGGGGCAGCGUGUACGACAGCGGGAAGAGCCCGUUCACCACUCACACCACGCCCAGCUCAGGAACCAACCUCACAGUAACAUUCAGCAACCUGCUGAACACGGUGCAGCACAGCCAGGUGGGGUCCCUGGUGUCUGGCUCGUCGGGAGCCCCCUCUCUCUCACUGGCCAAUGCUGACAUGUCGCUGCUGAACUACCAGCCCACUCUGUACCCACCAGCUACAGUAAACAUCCCGGGCAUCGCCCAGCAGGGCAUGCCUCUGCAGGCUGGCCCCCCCCAGCUCUGCGCCCAGCCAGAGCCCUUCCAGCAGACACUCAUUGUCUGCCCCCCAGCCUUCCAGGGACUCCAGGCUUCAGCUAAGCAUUCUGGUUUCCCAGUGAGGAUGGACAACGCUGUGCCCCUGGUUCCUCAGACCCAGUCUGGCCAGUCUCUGCAGCUCCAGCCCGGGGUGCUCACACAGGGCACCUGUACUCCUCUGAUGGUGGCCACCCUGCACCCUCACGUUGCCACGAUAGCGCCGCAGUACGCAGUCCCCGUGACGCUGAACUGCACAGCGGGCAGGCCGGCCCUGCUAGAGCAGACCGCCACCGUCCUGCAGGGCGUGCGGGGGUUUGCUGCUCGUUGUUAUGGUAACAGGAUCCCAGAGGGCCACUGCAGAGCUGAUAUGGACCGCCUCCAGAGGGGUUUUGGGGCUCAGGCCUGGCCCGCGGGGACCCAGCAGAUCCUCCUGCCCUCCACGUGGCAGCAGCUGCCCGGCGUGGCCCUCCACGGCUCCGUUCAGCCAGCCGCAGCGGUCAUCCCAGAGUCCUCUCUGGGCUCCGUCCUCCCAGAGAGCAUGGGCUCCGACUGGAGAAGCUCGCAUGGUGGGCAGUACAGUGGCGUGAUGCAGCAGCCGUCUCUGCUAGCUGGUCAUGUGACCCUGGCAGCGCAGCCUGUCAACGUGGGCGUGGCUCACAUGGUCCGGCCGCAGCAGGGCGGAUCUUCGGGGAAGAGGGCCAAAGCUCGUCAAGCAGAAGAACGUGGCAGGACCAUGACCUUGCUGGACCCCGUCCCCUCCUUGGUGCAGCACAGCCCCCUGCUGGCCACACCGCCCUACAACGCCAUGCUCUCCCAGCCAAUCAUCAUCCCAGACACGCCCAGCCCCGCCGUAAGCGUUAUCACCAUCCGCAGCGACACAGAGGACGAGGAUGACAGCAAGCACAGCCUGGCCGGCUCUGCUAUGAAGCAGCGCCCCAACGUCAUCAGCUGUGUGACCGUGCACGACUCCCCCGACUCGGACUCCUCCUCCACCAGCAGCCCCUUCCCCUCGGAGCGCCUGCCCAACUUCAGAGAUGCCUCUGCAAACCCAGCUCAGUCCCGCACCAUCAUCGUCCCCUCCAUCAAGACCCAGAUCGGGGAGGGCCUGGCCACCAGCGCCGCCCUAGUGUCAGGCUAUCUUUCCAGCGUGUACAGCAAGGGGAAGAAUCCCUCAUCCACUAACAUGUUGCAGACCAGCACAACAGGGACCUCCAGCAGCUAUCGGCACCAGCGAGCAGCACACAGCGGGACACAGCCCCUCAACCUCAGCCAGGUGCAGCCGCAGAUGUCCCAGGAGCGUGUUGGAAACGGCUCCUCCCGCAGGCAGCAGGCGUACAUUGCAGCUCCGCUGUCCUCCCAGGGGCAGUACUGCCUCCAGCAGACCCCACCUCACAGCUCCAGCCUGCCCCACUUCAGCGCUGCAGCCUCCCACCUGAGCAGCCAGCCUCACCUCUACACCUACGCCCCCUCGGCCACGCUGGCUCCCGGUCCCUCCAUGGCACACCUGCUGGCCACCUCGCAGGGCUCCUCACGCCACGCUGCCACCUUCGCUCACCACCCUGCCGGCCUGGUCCACCAGGUGCCAGUCAGCAUGGGCCACGGCCUCCUGGCUGCCGCCAGCAUGCCAGCGGCGCAGUACCAGCACCAGUUUGCAGCUCAGCCGUACAUCAGCACCUCCCGAGCCACUGCUGUUUACAGCGGCUACCCGCUCAGCCCCACCAAGUUCUCUUACCUGUGAAAGGGGAGUGGUGGUGGAGGGAGCCCCUGGUCUUGGGUGAGACAGUUGGCGACCCUCAUGUACCCGUAACCAUGGAGAUCAAACACUUAGGCUACCGAAUUGAGCCAGUUCCCUUGGCUGGAAGGAGGAUUGGAUGGGCAUGGAAGGAAGGCAGUCCUUGAUUUUUAUCUCGCCUCUAAUGCAGGGUGGGAGGGAGGGGGUAAUCAGUAGUCAUUAAAUAAAGACCAGAGACACACCUAGACAAUUCCAUUGUAUGAAAAAACUGGGGACUGUGAAAAGGAGACCCCUAAUCCUGGUGACUGUUUGCUUCGGAUUAAAGAAUAAGGUGGCAAGAGUGAGGUGGACCAGCUGCUCUCUAUGUAAGUCUGUCUGUUACGGAGAGAUGGAACACACCAAUUUGGAAUAGGAUGUGGGGGGUUGCCCUGCUAAGACGAGGCUUGAUCGGUCACCUCUGCUGACAGCGAUGGAUUCUCCCCCCUCUACUCACACAGCAGAGGGACUGUGCACACUCUCCUUAGUAACAGGGCUGUUAAACUCCCUCUGCACCCCGCUGUGGAAUCCUGUGAUGGUGAGGGAGUACAGGGAUAGAAAUUUUUAUUUUUGUUUUUAAAUUCUAACUCGAAUAUUUAGCCUGUUCUCUCUUUAUUUUAGAAUGAAUCUUUUAUAAAUGUGUACCUUUUUAAUCCAAA